AUGGGUCUACGCAUACGAAAAACAAAGAGGUUAGCACUGUUGAUUUUCACAUCAUUGUUACUUCUUGUUGUUCUAUUUAGGCUUUUCCAAGGAUAUUCUCUUUUCGAGCAUUUUGUAACACCCAGAGAGGUUAAUGACUCAGAAAAAGCACAUUGCCUUUCUAAACUGCUUCAGUCAGAGGGCAAUAGAGGAGCAGAUUGGUCAAAUGAGUUCUACGAACCAGCGGUAUGGAAAAGUUUCGUAUCCUACAUGAAUGGAGGUCGCAAAGAUGCGAGAAAGGUGUCUCAAUCGCUAUCCAGUUUGCGUUGGUAUCAGCAAUGCACCAAAGAAACCACCAUCGACCAGGAUGUCCAUCUUCUCCGCGAAGUAGAGAGCAAGUUGUUCCCAUAUAUGAACUUCGCAAAGUUAAGCAAUGAAGACUCGCAGGCUUUCUGGCCGCUUCACACUCGAUUUGAUGGAACAACGCACCGCGGCCGGGUGUUACACUUCUCUGUCGAAAACAAUUCAUUCAUAGGGACUUCACCCGUUGGGUUCAUCUCUGGCCGAUCAUUUUGGGAGAACUGGUUGCAUUCAGCUAUCCAAAAAGAUUCAAAGGGCUUAGUAAUGAGUGCAUCUGAUGCCCUUGUGAGUGAUACAAUUCGACUCAUGAGAAUUUUGCGUCUGUUGAAUAAUUCACUACCAAUUGAGAUUGUUCAUAAAUCUGAUUUAAGUAAGAGCUCCCAACAACUUUUGAUAGCGUCUGCAAGAGAAUCUGCAUCUUCGAAUUAUCCCCCUCAAGAGCUGUGGUUCUUGGACGUAAAGAGUCUGAUAAAGGACGAAUAUUUAAAUAGGUUCAAGCGCUUUUCGAAUAAAUGGCUAGCUAUAACCUUUUCCUCAUUUCAAAUGCCAAUUUUUUUGGAUUCUGAUACCGUUCCUUUCGUUCCAUUGGAUGGAUUUUACCGCACAGGUGAGUUUGAAAGAACUGGGACUCUCUUUUUCAAAGACCGAAGCUUCCCACUGUCCAAGUUGAGCUCGCAGCAGACCAAAGCGUUAAGGCAGAUAAUCAAUAAUAGUUUGGGCAUAUCCUCGAAUUCAGAACAAGGUUUUGAGUCUCUGAAAAAUAGUUCAAAAGAUGACACCGCCAUUGGUGCAAUAGAUAGCGUUAUCUUCAAGCAACAAAAGCAUUACAUGGACAGCGGUCUGCUAGUUAUAGACAAACAGAAACACUUUUUUUGUUUACCAAUCGCUAUAAUGCUACAGUUUUCACCCAUUCAAGAAUAUUUCCACGGAGACAAAGAGUGGUUCUGGCUUAGUUUGCUUCUCUCAAAUGAAGAAUUCACUUUUCAUCCAGUCGAGGCCUCAAACGUGGGAAAGUUAGAGGAGUCGAGCACUCCAGAAAGUGGUCAGAUCUGUUCUAUCCAACUAGCUCAUACUGAUGUGCAUGGUAAUCUUUUAUGGUUAAAUGGUGGCCUCUCUGUCUGUAAAAAGGCUUGUUGGAAGUAUGACUUCACCAAACGUAAGGGUAUUGCGGCUAAAUACAAGAGUGUUAAUGCAUUACAGAAGUACUAUCAGUCGCCUGUGAUACUCGAAAACGUGAUAACUCCAGAGGUUAGUAAGUCCUCCUGGUUAAAUCGCGACGAAUGUGCUAUGUACACCUACUGUACAAAUUACAAGAGGGGAGAAUAUGGAACACUAAUAAAGUUUACAGAUUCUCAAAAGAGAUAUUAUGAAAAAUUUGUGCAGUUGUGGAAUGAGGUUGUAUGA